AUGAACAAGAAGACAGGUGAGUGCGAGCUUCUCAAGGCUCAAGAGCAUCCCUUCAUCAUGAGACUCGUGCAAACGUUCGAGACGAGCAAGAGCGCAGCUCCAUUGCAAGAGGUCUACAUCCUAACCGAGCUCAUCACUGGCGGCGAGCUCCAUGGCGCGAUCCGCGAGAUUCCCACUGUGCUCUCAAGGGCCCAAGCGCAGUUCUACACCGGCUGCCUGGUCAUCGUGCUCGAGGAUUUGAAGCCCGAGAACGUGAUGCUUGAUGCUCAAGGAUACCUCAAACUUAUCGAUUUCGGCAUUGCCAAGAAGCUUGAGGAGGGAAAGACUCGAACCUUCACCAUGAUCGGGACUCCACAUUACAUGGCCCCGGAGAUCAUGCGAGGCUACUUGCCCUUCGCUGAUGAGCUCGACGAUCCCACGGAGGUGUGCACCGCUGUGCUCAAGGACCCGUUGGAUUUUCCUGCUCGCUUCAAGGACGCGCAGUGCAAGACAGUGAUACAAGGCAUGCUCAACCGGCAGCCGAAGAAGCGGCUGGGAGCAGGUCUCAAUGGUUGGGAAGACAUCAGGAGUUCGGAAUUCUUCACCCAAGGCCACACUUCCACGACCCUGUUUGACAAGAUCAUGGGCCGAGAAUUGGAAGCACCUGUGGUGCCAAAGGGUGAGACGUAUUGCGAGCCGUCGGAGCUCGACGUCGCCCUCAGUGAUGACAAUGAGCUUGGCUAA